AUGGAGUCGGCGGAGCGCACGUUCAAGGGUCUGUCGGACGCCAAGACGCGCGUGGACCAGGCUACACAGGAAGACGCGUCAUUUCCCGAUUUGGCCGACCAGCUGAACGCUCAGUCCGAGCCGCAGAACUAUUUCUUCGAGCCGUACGCGUCACAAUGGACCCCACAGGUGGCCAAGAAGGGCUCCGUGAUCCCUCUGCCGGGUGUGGUGGCCGCCGCUCUGGACGAUACGAAGACACUGUCGCUGUCCGGCCUGCUGCCGGAGAUCCGCUCGGCCUGGACGUCCGUGGACAACCGCCUCUUCCUUUGGAGCUACGCGCAGCGCGGCCGCUUCGCCGCCAAGGAGUUUGACCAGGCCAUCGUGGCCGUGGGGCUCGUGGCCCGGCCAGCCACCGGAGUGUUUACCCCCAAGGUCCGCCACGUGCUCGUGGUGGCCACUACCGUGGAAGUGGUGCUUCUGGCCCUGCAGAGUACAAAGCUCAGUGUCAGUACGGACAAGUGUGUGGUCCGCAAGGUUGCGACUACGCGCAGUGGCCGUAUCUUCUUCGGAGGCUCGGACGGCGCACUGUAUGAGUUCCUAUACGCACCGGAGCAGAAGGCCGCGGCCGACCGCAACUCGCUGCUCGGAUCGGCGCUGACGAAUGUCCCCGGAGUUGGAUCGUGGGAUUGCUGCAGGAAAGUGAUCCACACGUUCAGCUACGCGCAGUAUCUGCCUCGAUUCCUGGCCGGCCUGGCCAGUGCGCCUGGCAAAGUGGUGGACAUGUGUGUGGACCACUCGCGACACAUUCUCUACGUGCUGCACGACGACGCCCAAGUGAGCGUGUUUGACCUUGGGGCCAAUGGAGACGAGAUCAAGGCCGUCUGCGCCGUGAACCUGCUGGCCGACGGGGCCAAGUACGCGCGUGAGAACCGCCGGACGCGCGUUUCCUGUCCAGAUGAGAGACUGUUCCAACCGGCCGUGGCCGGAUCGCCCAAUCCUUUGAAGAUUGUCGCAUUGUCUUCAGUGGCGCCGGAUGAGUCCAAGGUGGUGACGCUGGUGGCCGUCACGUCCAACGGUAUCCGCUUCUACUUGACAGCUUUUUCUCGACGAUACACGUACUCAGGAGCUGGCAAUUACGGCCGAGCCAAACGUCCAUCGAGACUUGAGAUUCUCCACAUCCGUCUGCCUCCUCCGGCGAUCUCACUGCGCGAUGCACCGCCCUAUCACGCCAAGGAAGGAAUGCAGCCAGGUUACGCGCCGGGCAAGAGCCCAAGCGCAGUACAUGUCGCGUUCCAUCGAAAGGGUGUCUUCUUGUGCAUUGAAGGACGACGAGACCAGCAGGACCAACUUGUGGGCGUUGCACACGACCCUAUUAGCACCACAGCACUACCGCUACAGACAGGCUUAGCAGCUAGGAAGCCUACGAUCCGCGAAGCUGUCUCCUUAGACACCUGCAUCGGAAAGGUGGUAGAUAUUCAAGAACUGGAUCCGUAUUCGAGCGAAGGCCCCGAGAGUUCGUGGAUAGCGCAGGCUGAGGCAAUCGCAGCUGCUAAUGCCAGUACAAAGGGCGCUAGUAGUGGUAGCAAGCGUUCAUUCGACGAAAUGAGUACUGGAAUCCCUGCUGGAAGUGCGUCAGAGAACGCGCCUGUCGUCGGAGAGAUGGCGCUCAUGUACUCGCAACCUUCGCGACACUUUUUGUGUCUGACGAACGCUGGUAUACAGGUGUUUAAGAAGAUCCGGCCUCUAGACCAGCUUCACCGUGUGUUGUUGCUGUCCCGUGGCCAUGAACAGAUGGCAGUGUUGGCGCCAUUUGUUCGUUGCUUCGGUGAGAUUCAGGUGGUGUGUAUGCUCAUCGCCCUGGCCUGUGGAGUUCCCACUGAUCCUCUAGUAAGCGAGACGUCCACGGCCGCUUCGUUGGUCGCGCCGCGUCCUGGCGGUUUGGCCCGUAUGAAGAGUGAUGAUUAUAUCUACACGGCCGCUGUGCAGGGUAUCUUCGAGAUCGCUCAAGGCCCUCCUGACAACGUGGCCGUGGAGCCUACUUCCUCUACUUCCAACGGGACUUCAACGUCUUCGAGCACGCGUAUCGUGCUGACUACGGAGUUCGGCAUGUCGUACCAGCACGAUGGCCUGGUCGCGUUCGCGUGUCGUGUGCUGCGUCCGCUCUGGACUUCCAAGACACUCGGCCGACGUGUGGUGUCCCGUGCCGUCAACUCAAAGCCGUCGGCUAAGUCUCCUGGAUUUGCGACGAGCUUCGAGAAUGUUCAUUCUACGGAAAAACUGGACGAGAUCCGCGAGAUUCUCUUCCAGCUACGUCAAUUGAUGGAGAGCGCUGGCCCCUUCGCCGUGUCCAUUAGUGGUGGCGCGGCACUAGAGAACAACCCGAGCUUGGACGGCGUGUUAGGUGAGAGUACGGAGGCCGGUCUCUCUCGUGUGUCGGAGCUCGUGAUGCGGCACCAAAAAUCACUGAGUGAAGAUCAACUUAAACGUGAGACGCGGUUCAAGGCCGAGCAGCGAUCUCUGUACUAUCUGUACCAGCUGGUGCUGCGUAGUAUUGAGGCCAUCUCGUUGCUGCGGAUUGCUCAGGAGUACAAGGUCUCCUUGGAGGAACCUCUAGCCCGUCUCAGCUUCAGCGACUUGGUGACAACGACGGACGGCGCGCUAGCCGCCAAGACCAUGACGAAGGCUCUGAUGCGUGGCCGGAACGAGAACAACCAGUUUCUGAUCAAGCAGCUGCGCGAACAGUGCCCCACGUUCUUCUCCGUGUCGGAUCUGUGGCAUUAUCAAGGAUACCGGAGCUUGUCGAACGCCAAACUCAGCGGCUCUCCUGUUGCACGUAAGAAUUUCUUGAAGGAAUCUCUGGGUCAGUUCUUGAACUCGUGCCACAUGUGGGAUACCGAGGACUGUCUGGAUGUCCUCCAGGGCAUCUGUGAAGACUACACGCUGCUCAACUACUACGAAGGCGUCGUGAAGCUCUCUCUGGCCUGCGCUAAGCACUUCCACGACGCAGCAGCGUCGGAUCUCAGCGGUGUUAAACAGACCUGGAAGAGACGAUGCUUUGGCUGCAUCUUGCUGGCUCUACACAAACUUCUGGGCGGAGAGACAGCGAGCGCGAGUCCUCAAGCUGUUGAGGAGAUGGUGACUCUGGACGAUGAGACGAAGAACAAGUGCGUGGAAGAACUCUUCCACUUUGCGUUGGCUUCGGAAGACGACAGCUUCCACAACUUGCUGUACACGUGGCUCUAUGAACGUGGCCACUCUCAUCUGCUGACGUCUAUCCGCUCUCCGUACAUUGAAGUGUUUUUGAAGGAGAAAGACCAAGAUCUGCUCGUCAAGCUCUACAUGGAUCAGCACAAGUAUCUCGUGGCGGCCAAAGUGUGGUGGGCACGUGCACACGAGGACUCUAUGGAUGACGAGUACGCGUCGUCGUCGGCUCUUGUGGUGGCGAGCAACCCGGAUAUUACCAAGCGGCAGUACUACGUGUCCAAGGCGCUGAGUUGUCUCAAGAGUCUGGAAGACGUGGGCGAGGCGUCAGAGGCCAUUAAAGAAGUACGCGACGUGCUGGAUGUGCUGCAGCUGCAGGUUCGUGUCCUCAAGGCGCUGGAGCAGCAGGUUGUCGAGCUGGAAGUGUCUCGCUCUUCAGAUGAACAGCUACGACAACGCAAGACAGACUUGCAGCUGCUGACGUUCAAGCUGUUCGACGCCUCCACCCUGUACAACCGGUUCGCGUCCAAGUACGACAUGUGGACCGAGUGUCUGCACAUUAUCCACGUGUGCAAGUCGGAAGAAGCGGACGUGAUUGCGACUCUGUGGCGGAAGAUCGUCUUCAGUCUCUUGCCUCAAUCCUCCAACAACGCAGCGUUCAAUGCGUGGCGAUUGGAUCAAUGCGAGAAGGCUGGCUUGCUGGCCACCUCGAGCGGGACUGGAGGCGGUUCCUCGUUCGAGAGCGGCAACUGGAUUGGCCAGAUGCAGUGCAAGUUCUUGAGACUGGGCAAAUCGCUGUACUUGGAAGGCGACGACCGACACGGCGGCUCGACUGGUGUGGGAGAGUUUGUCUUCCCUGUGGGCUUCCUGGCCGACGUGCUCGAGUGGAUCUCUCUGUGGUAUAUUCGAUCAUCGGGUAUGGGCGCGUUCGCUGGAAGUGUCGCGUCGGCUGCUGCGAUUGACGCUACGACGUUCAAUUGGGUGCUCAAGCUCUUCCUGGACGUCGGUGUGCCCCACCGAGUACUGCUCAGCUACUACGAACAGCUCUAUCGUGAACAACCGGAACGCCUUUACCGGGAAGGCUGGACGCUGCACUUGCUACAGUCGAUGCUGGCCAUUAUUACUAUCUGGAAGAAACACGCCAUCUCUCCUCGUGCCGGGAAGGACCAACUCGCAGAGUUCGCGGCCUGUUGCCCGAACUUAGUCGACCUCUGCGAUGGAUUUAUCACGGAUCUACGCGCCACAUCACAGAAUGGAAACGGAGAGGCAUCGACGUUGCUGGAGCAAUUCCGUCGGGUGAAGAGCGAACUGUUGAACUUCCGAACCCUCAUGUAG